CGCGCCACACGAAAGAGAGCCCGUUGGCAUAACGGCAAAGUCAAGCGAGAUCUGGUAAUAAGCAGCGAUCUCUCAUCUGACAGAUUAUUACACUACACCGUGUGUGAGAGGAGUGUGAAGAUGAACAGUGUCGGCGAGGGCUGCACCGAGCUCAAGCGCGAAUAUGACCAGUGCUUUAACCGCUGGUUUGCAGAGAAAUUCCUGAAGGGAGACCGAAGCGCGGAUCCCUGCAGCGAGUUAUUCAACAAAUACCACACGUGUGUUCAGAAAGCCAUCAAGGAGAAGGACAUCCCUAUAGAAGGUGUGGAGUUCAUGGGCCCGAGCAGAGAGAAAGCAGACAGCUGAUGGUCCUGGUGUUCACCGAUGUUGGUUCAUCCUUGUUUUAAAAUGAGAAAGACAGAUGUGACGCCAUCAUCAGGUCGCAAAGACUGCAUCGCUGACCUUUGAUGGACGUCUGGUGCGUUAUUAAGUGCGUAAUUGAUGAGACCGAAAACUCUACAUUUGGUUACCUGCCUGUUAAAUCAUUAUGAAAGAGGGAUCGUUUUUGGCAUGUGGGGAAAUGCAUUCAGUUCAUUCAAUCAGCUGUGCGUUUGGGUUUCAUGUGCCUCAAUUAUUACUAUUAUUAUUAUUUUUAAUGUCGAGUAAGGCAUAUGCAGUUCUGUUGAAGUGUGGGUGCUUUAUUUUCAUUGCAAACCAACCAUCGAUGAGGGUGAUUGUUUUAUUUCUGCUUCCAUAACCAUGAUUUGGGCACUGUACCAUUUUGGGCAGAGGGAGUGUAAUGUUAUUUAUAUUUGAAUAAAUAAUUCAGGAGAUGUAUAAUGCAUUUAAAUUAUGAGUAGGAGAAUCAAAGCUGUCUGGAACUUCAAAUUAAGGUUGCCAAAUGAUUGUUUGUGAACUCAAACAUGCAUAAAACGCCUUUUACUAACCAACUGAAGGUGUAAUUCAUGAAAUGCACGAUCUAACGGCAUUAAAUACGAAUUGUAUA